AAUCGACCCUAAUAAGCGAGACGACGACGGCAAAGAGUCCAGGUUUUGAAGAGGAGGAAGAGGCUCUCUCUACAACGACCACGCCAGAAUCUUCUACAUCAACAGCAGCAGCAGCAGCAGCAGCUGUUACCACUGAAGGAGUUCAGCCAGAAACCACUUCUACUGCACUACCAGUCUCAGAAGAGGAGGUCAUCUCUACGACGCUCACGCCUGAAUCGUCUACAUCAGCAGCAGCUGUGACAACGACAGAAACUGCCAAGGAGGAUGAGGUGACCACAAAACAACUGCCUAGUAUUCCAGCGGUUUCAGUCUCCAUCAUCACCACAACUCCAGAAUCAACGAUGAUAAACGAGACGACGACAACAACAGCAAAGAGUCCAGUUUUAGAAGAGGCGUCUUCUACUACGGCAACACCUGAAUCCUCCACAUCACUACUUGACAGCAUGAUCACCACUGUGAAAUCGCUGUUCACGACGACUCCAUCGCCGACUGCUGCUGAUGAAGCCCUGUCCACUGUCACAGCCACCAAAGAAGAAGAGGAGCCUGAAUCGGUCACUCAUUCAAUUUUCAAUGUUUCAGCUCCUGAAGAAGGCGGCUUGAAGGACAGAGUGACUGAGGUGCCGACAACUCCAAUGGCAAUUCAGGGAGAGGAAGUGGUGGUGACGACUGAGAAAAUUGAGCUUGUGGUUUCAACAACAGUUAAGCCUGACGAGCAAGGCACAACAGCAGCAGCAGCAGCUGGUACUACCUCGAAGCAGCCAUCAGUCCGUCUGGAUGACCAGGGCGCCGCCACCACUGAGAAGCCCGGCGGAAUGGAGAUGGGUGGUGGUGAUGAGGAGCUGGUGACUGAGACGCUGCUUAAUAUUCCGCCGGUUUCAGUGGCAGUCACGACCACACCAAAAUCGAUGGUGAUAAGCGAGACGACGACGAUAACUAGUUUAAUCUCAGAGCAGGAGGUUUCUUCAACAACGCUAAGUCCAGAGAUGAAAAUCACCACCGAGGGCGUCUCUUCCCAGCCAACAACAACAACAACUGCAAAGGCAGAGCUUCCGGAGGAAAGUGUCACAACUGGUGAGGGAACAUCGUCUGAACUUCCAACGACCACCAGAACAGUUGAAGGAGUGACAAGUGAGGCGACAAGUGAGCUUCCAGCAGCUAAAACGGAGCCUUCAAUUACAACAGAAGGCGUGAUCUCUUUUGAAACAACUGCAACAACUCCAAAAACUCCAGAGCAGGAGCAAGUGACUACUCAAGCUGCUGAACUGCCAACAACACCACAGACAGAGCUNGAGAGAGUUACGACUGAGGGCGUGUCAACGGAAGCUCCAACGACAGCUAUUCCAGAGGAGAGAACAACAAAGAGUUCAACUGAUGAGUUGCCAACAGCAAAGACAGAGUUUCCAGCGAUGACAACAGAAGGAGGAGUGUCCUCGGAGGCAACAGCAACUUUGAAACCAGAGGAACGAGUCACUGCUGAAGCAACGACACUCAAACCAGAGGAGAGAGUGACCACUGAAGCAGUCAUUUCUGAGCUUCCAGUUACAACUGAAGCAGUUCAGACAGAGACUUCGACGACACAGGAGAGAGUGACCACUGAAGGUGUGCCUUUUGAAGCAUCAACAACACUUAAACCAGAGGAUGCAGUGACAACAGAAGCUGCAGUGUCUGAACUCCCAACAUCAAAGGCAGAACUACCAGCAAUGACAACAGAAGGAGGAGUGUCUUCAGAAGCACCAACAGCUGCUAAACCCGAGGAAAGAGUAACGACUGAGGGCAUCUCAUCAGAAGCUCCCACGACAGUUAGAUCUGAGGAGGAGACCACAAAGGGCUCAAUUGAUGAGUUGCCAACAACAACCAGAGCAGAGCUUCCGUCAACUACGACAACUGAAGGAGAAGUGUUUUCAGAGGCGGCCACAACUUUGAAACCAGAUGAGCGAGUCACUGCUGAAGCUACGUCAAUCAAACCUGAAGAGAGAGUCACAACAGAGAGUGUGUCUUCUGAGACGUCUACAACUGUUAAACCCGAGGAGG